UUUUUUUUUUUGGGGGGGGGUGGUUUUGUCUGGAACACUUCUUGUAGGUACUAUCUGGUAAGGCUCGAAGGAAGAAAUUGCUCUCACCAAAGGGAAUGGAUGUGCGCCCAAUGAUGGAAGUUGUAAAAGGUGCAGCUUUCGAUAUUUUGCAGGCAGCUGGUGGUUGUCCUGCUUCUUUAAGGCCAGGUCGCUGGUUAGACUUGUACAGUGGCACAGGAUCUGUCGGGAUUGAAGCUAUUAGCAGAGGAUGUUCUGAGGUCCACUUUGUUGAGAUGGAUCCUUGGGUCGUGUCAGAGGUCUUGAGACCAAAUUUAGAGUGGACUGAAUUUUUCAAUGUUUCUGUGAUACAUACAGUUCGUGUUGAGGAUUUCUUGGAACGAGCUGAGAAAUUUGUAGAUAAAGAUGGACCAUUUGAUUACAUUAGUGUAACACCUCCCUAUACAUCUGUGGAUUAUAGCAUAUUGAUGGAUCAACUCUCACGGUCAGCUUUAGUGGGAGAAAAUACCUUCAUAGUAGUGGAGUAUCCCUUAAGAACUGCAAUGUUGGAUUCGUGUGGAUAUCUUGUAAAGAUAACUGAUCGAAGGUUUGGCCGGACACACUUGGCAAUAUAUGGACCCACGUGGGCACAGAAGAAGAAAAAAUCAAAGAAUUCACUGUUAACAGUUGCAGCAAUGACUCCAUUGCAUAUGGAAAGAAAAAGCUGAGAGGGAAACAACAUUGUUAUCAAAUGCCUCGGUGCAGGUGCAAGGCACAUGUAAGGCACCAUGCUUCAUGGUGCAUGGUUUCUAUUGGUUACUCACCAUUGUACAUUAUAGUGUGUGCUUGCUCAUGUAUGUGCCAUAUUGAUUUCAUUGAGAAGGAAGUAAGGGUUGCCUUA